GUGAUGACGUCAGCCUCGCGGAUGUUUUUCUCUCGUCUUUCAUGAGUUUUGUGUUCGAGGCUUCACGUCUCUCCACUCCUCCACCUCCACCUCCACCUGCCGCAGCAGCCAGCCCCGCGGAGAUCCGCGCGGAGCCUCCCUGGCCUCUGCAGGCAGUGCUGAUUCCUGCCUGACGGACGUCCCGCUCCUCCCGCCGUGCCUCCUCCUCGGCCCCGCCGCUCGCCGGGUCUCGCUGCUGCUGGCCGUGGAUUGGAGCACUCUCAUUGGAGGCUUUGCGAGGUGGUUUUUCGGUCUGGCGCCGCCUCCCCCCGGGGCCGGCGUGCGCUCCCAGCAGCCCGUGGUGCCCUGCACCCCCCCCUCCCCGUCACUGCACAACAGAGCCCAUGCCCAGGGAGGAGGCGCGGCGCGUCUGCCAGGAGCCAUGUGCCUCCCUCACACCAACAACAUGGACAACAAGCUACCGGGGGUGGGGUCAGGGGGGGCGGCUUCCCUUCGAAAACAAGGGGGAGGCGUCCCGCUGGAGCCGUUCAUACAUCAGGUGGGAGGUCACACCAGUAUGAUGCGUUACGACGACCAUACAGUGUGUAAGCCUCUGAUUAGCAGAGAGCAGCGCUUCUACGAGUCUCUCCCUCCCGAGAUGAAGGAAUUCACUCCCGAGUAUAAAGGCGUGGUGCGCGUGUGCUUCGAGGGCGACUCGGACGGCUACAUCAACCUGGUGGCGUACCCCCACGUGGACCUGGAGGGAGUUCCCGGGGAGCACGAGGAGCGGGACCCCACUGAGAGGGAGCAGCCGAGGAGGAAGCACUCCCGCCGCAGCCUCCACCGCUCCUCCUCCUCCGCCGAACACAAGGACGAGCGCGUGGACCGGAGGGAGGUGCACGACCCCGACACCCCUGACAACCUCGGAGAGCUGAAGAGUCCCAGGCUCGACCCGAAGAUUCACUCGGAGGUCCCGUUCCAGAUGCUGGACUGGAACAGCGGCCUGACCUUAGAGAAGAUCACCCACAAUCCCUGGAGCCUGCGGUGCCACAAGCAGCAGCUCAGUCGCAUGAGGUCCGAAUCCAAGGACCGGAAGCUCUUCAAGUUCCUGUUACUGGAGAACGUGGUUCAUCACUUCUGCUACCCCUGCAUCCUGGACCUGAAGAUGGGCACCAGGCAGCACGGAGACGAUGCUUCCGAGGAGAAGGCGGCGAGGCAGAUGAAGAAGUGUGAACAGAGCACUUCAGCCACUCUGGGAGUCAGAGUGUGUGGCAUGCAGGUGUACCAGCUGAGCACCGGUCAUUACCUCUGCAGGAACAAAUACUACGGGCGCGGCCUGUCGAUCGAAGGCUUCCGCCAGGCGCUCUAUCAGUACCUGCACAACGGAAAAGGCCUGAGGAGGGAGCUCUUUGAGCUGAUCCUGAAUAAGCUUCGGAGCCUGAAGGCCGUGCUGGAGAAGCAGGCGUCCUACCGCUUCUACUCGUCCUCCCUCCUCAUCAUCUACGAGGGAAAGGAACCCGAGGGACGGUCGACCCUCCACUCCGCGCCGCACGUUGCCUGGCAACAGAAGACCGCCGGCACCCCCUCGGAGUCCUGCUGCGUCCCAGCAUGCAACGCUCCGCCUUCCCCGGACGCUCCCUGUAAAACGGACAUGGGCCAGAACCCAAACCAGGGCUCGUCGUCUUCUCAGGGACCCGGACUCAAAGCCCCGCCCCCUCCCUCACAAGCCCCGCCCCCCAGCUCAGACUGCCCCGCCCCUCCCCGCCAGCACUCAGACUCUCCCCCCGCAGCCCGCGGCCCCACCCCCCCCACGACACAGCAGCAGGUGCAGCAGGUGCAGCAGGUGCAGCAGCAGCAGCUACAGCAGCAGGUGCAGCAGCAGCAGGUGCAGCAGCAGCAGCUGCAGCCCCCGCAGCAGCCCCCCCUGGUGGAUCUCCGCAUGAUCGACUUCGCCCACUCCACCUUCAAGGGUUUCCGCGGCGACACGGCGGUGCAUGACGGGCCGGACAAGGGCUACGUGUUCGGACUGGAGAGUUUGAUCGGGAUUCUGGAGAGCCUUCGAGACGACAAUCUGGCGUAGUUCUGAACUCAUGCACUCACUCUCUCUCACACACACAUGCACACACACACACACACACACAUGUAUGUAUUUCUGUCUUUGUGAGGGUUCGUCUUAUUGUGAAGACGAGCCACAACGGUAUGGAGCCAAAUCAAGGCCAAAAGUUUUGCUAAUUUGAAAAUAAACUUUGAACCUGAAAAUUCUUUUUUACAGUUCCAAUUCUUUUUUUUUUUUUCAGUUUCAGACUUUUUUUCAGUCUGAAACUGAAGAAAAUUUUGAAAACUGAAAAAAAAAAGAUCUGAAACUGAAAAAAAAGAUCUGAAACUGAAAAAUAGAAAGAAGUGAAACUGAAAAAAAAAGAUCAGAAACUGAAAAAAAAAAAUUGAAACUGUAAAAAAGAAUUUUCAGGUUCAAAUUUUAUUUUCAAAUUAGCAAAACUUUUGGCCUUGAUUUUGCUCCAUACAACGGCAUCAGCUUAAAGAAGGAAAAAAAAAAUGAUUGGACCCGAAGUCUAAUUGAUCUAAUUGAUCUUUACAAAGGUGGACACACACACACACACACACACACACACACACGUACAGAUAGCUUAUUGUGAAUUAGUUCAGGUUGUACGGUUGGUGCAGGUUUUGCCGCGGCGGGAUUCCUCAGGAUAUUACCAUGGUAACGGUCGGCUAGCAGGCGAGACACCGGAGCCAAGAGCGGCUUCAAAGACGCAAAGACGAUACGGAGAACCUGCACCACACACACACAUUUCUAUACUUGUGAGGACCUUCACCGAUACGAUGCAUUCCUUAAGCUUAACCCUCACGAUUUAAGAAAAAGAAAAAAAAAAAAAAAGAAGGAAGAAAUAACGGAUCCACGUCCUUACCUAAAAUCUGAGUGUCAUUUAACCCAUGGAGAGAUCGCAGGAUGUGGUGCAUCGUCAUGAUUCUGAUUAGCUACUGACUUCUCGUCACCUGUCGGGCCGUUUAAAAUGUGUUAAACUGACUGAAAUAAGUCUCAAACACUUUCAAAUGCAAAGACUUAUAUAAAUACGGGAGGACCAGUGAGUCUGAUUUCGAAGUAGAUCCUUUAGAGCUGUAAUUAUUAUAGCAAUUAUAAAAGAUGAUGGUAGAAGAAUGUGUACGGUGCUGCUUUUGUGUCUUCACUGUGCAGAAUGAGUGAAUGUGGAGUUUUGAAAACAUGGAGUUGAGUGUGACUCCACCGUGAAGAAGGGAGACGUGGGGAGUGGGGGGCGGUUUCUGGACGACAUGACUUUCUUUCAGGGAUCAUUCAACUCAUCACUAGUGUCAGGAUUUGGCGUUGCAGCACAUUUUGCACAGUGAAGCUCGAGCAUCCAGACGGCCUCUCCGGUCCUCACAAAGAUAGACAAGCAGACACUUUAUGGGAACAGUCGCCGUUGGUGGAGCUUUGUGGGAUCAGCUGACCCCCCCCCAAACCAUUCCUUUGCUCUCCUUCUCACUCCUCAAUCUACAAAAACCCAAGCGUGGACGGGUCAACGGACUCUCUUUAGCAUCACCUGGAAAAACGCCCCCAGAAACUCCUCCGAGCAUCGGUGAUUCGGUGAAAGCAGCAGACGGCGAGGAGAGUUGUGGACUAUUUCCCCCCUUUUUGACAGUGCGGAGCGCUGUGUCGCUGUGUCGCCCCCCCCAGGAAGGGAAAACAGAAAUGUGCAUCAUAGAUCUAGGCUUCGUGAAGAAAAUAUAGAAACAUAUUCAGUAACAUUUGUCCAUUUUUGGGGGUUUAACUCAAAGAAAACCACCGUUGUGAGCUACUGUCGUGUGAAAUCAUUCUCUGGGUGUUGAUAUUUGAAGCAUAAACGUCGCCCUCUCCCAGAUCUGGUGUGGUGGUACUUAGAUGUUUAUUUUUUACUAUUGUCAGCAAAUCUCAUGAAAAGUUCAAAAGUGGUUGAAUCCAAAAGCCUGACGAACGUUAUUUUAGGAAGUUCCCUCCUCGUGUUUGCUGCUGUAUUCAUUUUGCAGUUAAAAGAAACAGUUGCUAGUGCUUUUCACCGUUUUCUUUAAGUAACUUCUAGUUAAAAAUAUGUUGUCCGGUUCAUUAAAAAAUAAACACAAUUUUUUUGAGGCUUUUUUAACAGAUGCAGCUGCUCAUUUGAAUGUUAUGAUGAUCACAUUUUGUCAAUGUUGAGUGUGAAAGUUUCCAGAAUGAACUUGAUGGUUUUUUACUUUAUUCUACAAAGUACAAGAGCCAAUCCAAAGUAGAGUUGAGCAAAUAUAUAUAUAUAUAUAUAUAUAUAUAUAUAUAUAUAUAUAUUGUCGGUCAAAUGUCUUCUCCUGGGGUUUGUUGACAAUAACACAAAAAAAAAAAAGGGAUGAAGGGAUAUGGCUUUACUAAUGAGACUAUUUUAUAUUUUGUUUAAAAGUCACAUUAUUAUCAUUCACUUUUAUUUUCAAACAAAAAUAGAUUUAAGAAGUUAAUAUAUUUCUAUUCACAUAAAUAUAAUUUGCGACGAGGUUCAACCUUUUAUCUCGUCUUGUUAGGUCAGAUAGUGUUAACACCGCCCCCUGCUGGACGGCUGCGGUACUGCAGCCCCGACGACCACAACCACACACAGCAAAUAUGAAAUCUUUUAUUUUUGCUUUAUCAAGGUAAUAAUUUAUUUUUUUAAUUACGCCUUUACCCCCAUGCGCGGGUAAAAGUUUAGUCCUUUAAAAAUCUCCCCUAUAAAUGUAUAAAAUGUAAAGAAAUUAAGAGACAUUGUGAAAUGUCAGUAUUAUUUGAGCUAGACUUCAGUCAGCUGGAAGAGCUGUUGCUCUGGUGGGAAGCUCUGUUCAGCAUCUGUGUGUGUGUGUGUGUGUGUUUGAACAGAUGUAUAUGCCAUCUUUUACUCUUGGGUUUGUUUCACUUCACCUCAAUGAAGCUGGUUAAGAAAUGCAUGCACAUUAACGGUCUCCUGUUCCUGUCAGUUUUCACCGCCAUGUCAAACGUCCUCGUUAAAGUUAUCACAGAGCCUCAAGCGACUGUCGUCCGUGCGACCUCUCGCAUCAUCACGGAUAUUAGCCUCAGUGACUGAUGGGACUUAUUUAGCAGCAUUUUCUCCAUCUGGCAUCAUCCUGUUUGUUAGAACAGUGAAAGUAAGAGAGAUUAAAUCUUUCCAGAA